CGGCGAGCAAUUGAGUCUCAGUCAGUCAGCGCUGAACGGUGAAAGUGCGCGGUGGUGCUUGCUCCUGUUUGCCAUCUAGGUGCGUGUGUGCUCUCGCGUGUGCUCCUAAAUAACAGAAACACUCGUGGCUGAUUGAAAAACUUCUGAUCAGCGAAGAAAACUCGACAAAAGAUUUACCUGUUCCGAGGCAGAAAGAGAGAAGAAGGAGGAUUCACUAGGAAGAAAACAGCAGUCUGAAAAUUCGAUCUACAAUCUUUUCGCUUCCAGGCGUGUGGUGGCCCCCUGGUGAUGGCAGCAUGGCACCCCGACCUGGUGCGCAACUUCUGCAACCCUCCCCACUGGCCCAGUUGAGCCGGAUCGCCUUGGUGGCCGCCGUGCUCGGCCACGUGGUCCAGGGAGGCAUCCUCGACUAUCUGAACGUCCGCACCGGCCGACAGGCCACCGCGGCCACUGAGCUGGGCGCAGGCAUUCCUUGGGUGCCGAGUGACAACGAGACACGGUGCUACGAUGACCUAGGGUGCAUGACCCUGACCAAAGGGUGGUACCACUUAAUUUAUAGGCCAUUCAAUGUGUUCCCACUCUCUCGCGAGAUGAUCAACACGAGAUUCAUUCUGCACACAAGAAGAAACCCGACUGAGGGUCAAGUUCUCAACGCCGAGAACGAUAAAACAAUAAGAAAGUCAGAUUUUGACGUAAAGAAGCCGACGAAGAUUAUCAUUCACGGAUUCAUCGAUACUCCUCUCAGCAAUUGGGUCAAGGAAAUGCGGCGCGAGCUGCUAAAGAAAGGCGAUUGGAACAUAAUCACGGUUGACUGGGCUGGGGGCUCAUUGCCUCUGUACACCCAGGCCACGGCCAACACGAGACUGGUCGGCAUGGAGCUGGCCUACUUCCUCAACCACCUCAUCAGCCACUUCGGCCUCGACCCCGCGGACGUUCACAUGAUCGGACACAGCUUGGGCGCGCACACAGCUGGCUACGCGGGCGAAAGGGUGCCUGGCAUUGGCCGCAUCACAGGCCUCGAUCCAGCCGAGCCCUACUUCCAAGGAAUGCCGUACUACGUGCGGCUCGACCCUACAGACGCAAAGUUCGUGGACGUGAUCCACACGGACGGAAAGUCAAUCUUCCUCCUAGGUUACGGCAUGAGCCAGCCGUGCGGCCACGUGGACUUCUACCCCAACAACGGCAAAGAGCAGCCCGGCUGCGACAUCGCCGAGAACCCCAUCCCCCUGACCCUGGUGAAGGAGGGGCUCGAGGAGGCGAGCAGGGUGCUGGUGGCGUGCAACCACGUGCGCGCCAUCAAAUAUUUCAUCGACUCGAUCAACUCGAAAUGCCAGUACAUGGCUCACCAGUGCGACUCGUUCGAUCACUACAUGCAGGGUCGAUGCUACGCCUGCAAGGAAAACUCGACGCAGUGCAUGGUGAUGGGUCUGCAAGCGGAGGAUUAUGCCCUCAGCCUACCCAAAACCACGGGCAUGAAGCUCUAUACCACGACGGGAAAGGAAUAUCCCUUCUGCAGAAAACACUACAAAGUAACCCUGGAGCUAGCUAGACCGCCGCGGGCUGAAGACUGGGUGCAGGGUUUCAUGCGGAUCUCCUUGCACAGCGACGACGCCAUGGCGCGGAACAUCGAUCUGACGCCAACCGGCUACGUGAAACUGCAGCACGGCCACUCACGCACGUUUGUGGUCUCGCAUCCCGCCGAGCUGGGGCCGAUUAAGAAGAUCGAUUUCUACUGGGAAUACGACAUGGACGUGUUGCAGCCGCGAUCUCUUUGCUUUUUCUGGUGCAACGACCACCUGUACGUGUCCAGGAUCCAAGUCAUGGAAAUGGACGUGAGCCAAGACUCGAGAGGAAAACGCGACGAUUCUGAAGACACAAAUGUGGUCGAGCUGUGCAGCCACGGCAGCAGAAGCUACACAGACAUCGCGUCGAGGACGUCGGCGACAUUCUACAACAAUUGUUAGCACGCGUCUGGUUUCAUACAAAAACAUUCGAUAAUUUAAACUCUGUGUCCAUCUUAUUCGUGUACAAUCAUUUAGUUUGUAAUAUAUCGUGUACGGCGUAAAACAUUUCAAAGCGAUUGACAUGAAAUUUGAAAUCCAUUAGUGAGAUUAUAAAAAGCUGAGGUUAUGUCUAAGGUUGUUCGUUUUUCGAUAGCGACCAAUCCAGUUUGCCCUAUUAUUUUAUAUAAUUAUUUUUGAUCGAUCAUUUAUUUUUAUUACUACUGAACUAGUCUUUUUCUUUUUGUUAAUAAGAUAUUUGUUUUUUUCGCUAUUGCCGCUGGUUGAUGAAGUUUAUUGUAAACUCGGUGAAAGUAAACGUGCAUUUUGAAUUAAAAAAAGUGUUCAUUUAUCCACAUCUCACGCAAAGGUGUGGCUUUUACAAUUAAAAACAUGCACGGUGUAAUGUAUUGAAUAAGCUUAAUUUUGAGCGCUCUUCGACGAUUAAUAAUAAAUAAUUGAACCUUGCAAAUUAAAACUACUUCCAUACAUUAAUUUUGUGAUGUAUGGCAGCAGACUAGUGACUUAAUUAAGGUUUUUCCUAGUAUAAUUAUUUGAAUGUAAUAUUUUUAAUCGUUUAAAAAUGCAUUUCCGUGUUUCAAUAAAGUCAAUAAAAACCGCGAUUGUUUGUCCUAUUUAAAA